UGCUCCCAGUGCUCCCAGUGCCUCUGCCAGCACCUGCAGCGUCCAGCUCCCAGUUUGGAGGGUGGGACAGCCCCUCUCCGGAGGGCCAUGCGGGGUGCAGGGGGGCUCCCCAGCCCCGGCGAGGCUCUGCCAGGCAGAGCACAGAGGAUGACAGUGACAGCCACCCACGCUGUCACCGGGAAUGCCACAGUCCCGCCGUUCCCGGCGGAGAUGGAGACGGCGAUUUUCGGCAUGGGCUGCUUCUGGGGGGCCGAGCAGCUCUUCUGGAACACGCCAGGGGUCUUCUCCACCCAGGUGGGGUUCGCAGGAGGCUUCACCCCCAACCCCACCUACGAAGAGGUUCGCACAGGGCUGACGGGGCACGCCGAGGUGGUGAGGGUGGUCUUUGACCCCCAGAAAAUCAGCUACGAGGAGCUCCUCAAAAUUUUCUGGGAGAACCACGACCCCACUCAAGGCAUGAGGCAGCAGGAGGACGUGGGCACCCAGUACCGCUCCGUCAUCUACACCCUGGGCACCCGGCAGCAGGAAACUGCCCUCCGGAGCAGGGACCUGUACCAGCAGGAGCUGGGGACACAGCGGCGUGGGGACAUCACCACCGCCAUCGAGCCGGCCCGUGACUUCUACUACGCCGAGGACCGUCACCAGCAGUACCUGCACAAGGUGCCCGGGGCCUCCUGUGCCAUGAAGGGCACCGGGGUCACCUGCCCCAUCACACGCUGAGGGGCCACCCCGUGUCCCCUGGGCUGUCCCCGUGUCCCUGGCAUUGCUGGCCCCACGUGUCGCUGCCACCCCAUAGCACCCCACUGUCCCCCAGUUAAAGCCCUGUGACCCCCACCCUGUCCUGGCUUU